AGUAGGGUUCAGUGAGUGUUUUCGGGAGGCCACCUCCGGCCCCAUGGCUAGCUUAGGGGUGUGGCGCCGCGGAUGGCACUUCUGGCCUCCGAGCGCACGGGGGCGCUGUGUUCGCUGUGUGGUCCCCGGGGCGCCCGGCGAGCUCUGCGCACGCGCAGUCCAGGGCUCCGAGCGCCGUGCCCCCACGUGUGCGCCGGACUGCUAAGAUUGUCAGGAGAAAUGCCCAAAAUAAAAGCGGCCCGCGGGACCGGCGGCCCGGAGAAGCACGCGCCGCUGGCCGAGCAGAUCCUGGCCGGGGACGCGGUGCGCGCGGGGAGCCGGGAGAAGAGGCGGGGUCGUGGCGCCGGCGAGGACGAGGAGGAGUACGUGGGCCCCCGGCUGAGCCGCAGGAUCCUGCAGCAGGCCCGGCGGCAGCAGGAGGAGCUCGAGGCCGAGCACGGGGCCGGGGCCCGGGCCGCGGCGCCCCGCGAGCGCACCACGCGGCUGGGCCCCGGGCUGCCUCAGGAUGGAUCAGACGACGAGGAGUGGCCCACCCUGGAGAAGGCGGCCACGAUGGCAGGGCCAAACCCUCAGGCAGAAGUGGUCGUGGACCCUGAGGAUGAGCGUGCCAUUGAGAUGUUCAUGAAGAAGGACCCUCCUGCCCGGCGUACCCUGGCCGACAUCAUCAUGGAGAAGCUGACCGAGAAGCAGACGGAAGUCGAGACGGUCAUGUCUGAGGUGUCGGGCUUCCCUCUGCCUCAGCUGGACCCCCGCAUCCUGGAGGUCUACAGAGGGGUUCGGGAGGUGCUGUCCAAGUACCGCAGUGGGAAGCUGCCCAAAGCCUUCAAGAUCAUCCCGGCGCUCUCCAACUGGGAGCAGAUCCUCUAUGUCACGGAGCCCGAGGCCUGGACGGCCGCAGCCAUGUACCAGGCCACCAGGAUUUUUGCCUCUAACCUGAAGGAGCGCAUGGCUCAGCGCUUCUACAACCUCGUCCUGCUCCCCCGGGUCCGAGACGACAUCGCCGAGUACAAACGCCUCAACUUCCACCUCUACAUGGCCCUCAAGAAGGCCCUGUUCAAGCCCGGGGCCUGGUUCAAAGGCAUCCUGAUCCCGCUUUGUGAGUCGGGCACCUGCACCCUGCGGGAAGCCAUCAUCGUGGGCAGCAUCAUCACCAAGUGCUCCAUCCCCGUGCUGCACUCCAGUGCGGCCAUGCUGAAGAUCGCCGAGAUGGAGUACAGCGGCGCCAACAGCAUCUUCCUGCGGCUGCUGCUGGACAAGAAGUACGCGCUGCCCUACCGCGUGCUUGACGCCCUGGUCUUCCACUUCCUGGGCUUCCGGGCCGAGAAGCGUGAGCUGCCCGUGCUGUGGCACCAGUGCCUGCUGACGCUGGUGCAGCGCUACAAGGCCGACCUGGCCGCGGAGCAGAAGGAGGCCCUGCUGGAGCUGCUGCGCCUGCAGCCGCACGCGCAGGUGUCCUCCGAGAUCCGGCGCGAGCUCCAGAGCGCCGUCCCCCGAGACGUGGAGGACGGCCCCGCCGCCAUGGACUAGGGGGCCGGCCCGCUCACUCCGGAGGACACGGGCCUCUGCUCCCGGGGCUGUGGGGCGCCUCUGCCCCUGCGCCACUCCCUCGGGGGCCAGAAGCAGCAGGGUGGGUAUUCAUUGCACUCCUGUGUCUCUGUGUGUCGCUCUGGCCCUGCUGCCCCUUCCACAGGGCGGGGCGCACCACUCUCCCGAGGUGUCCCCAGGCCCUCCCCACCCUGUUAAUGCCAUGGCACAGCGGGGUGUCCUGUGGGUGGGAGGCCUGGAGGGGAGGGGGGUCUGUGAGUGAUGCAGAGCGGGUCAGGCGGGAAGGGCUUGCCUCAGUGGCAGUGCUGUGGGUAGGGGACAUCAAGGUCUGAGCACUAUGGGGUGGCUCUCCCAAAAAAUAGUUAGGGGGUGAGUGUGCUUGAGCCAAGGCCAAUUUUUAAGGGCCUGCUCUGCACUGAGUCGCAGAGUCCAGCCCCUUGACCUGGCCGCCCCACUGGCUUCACCUCUGGACUGGGAGUUGCGCCCUCCCACUCACUGGACCUCGGCGACUACAGGUCUUCUGUAAAAUAAAGGGCCCUAUUUAUUGUA